CUCUUCGUGCUGCCCCUCCUCCAGUUCCACAGCCCGUCUGCCCUGCAAAGGGGGAGUCCUCGCAGUGAGUUGUGAGCUUUCUGCUCCUUGGAGACCCUUGCGGUGAGGAAGACCUCUGAUCCACGCCCAGAGGGACUUAUAUGUGACGUGGGAAGGAGUUGGAGCUCUGGUAACCCCCUCCACCGGGUGAGGGAGAACAGGAGACUGUGGUGAACCUCGUCACAGGGUGGGAACUGUCCCCACAGGAGGAUGACUCGGGAGGAGGCUGAGAGGCUGCCCCAAGUACUGGCCCGUGUCGGGGCCUCCCACGACAUCACCGACCUAGCCUGCAAGCUCCGCUUCUAUGACGACUGGGCUCCAGAGUACGAUAAGGAUGUGGCUGCAUUGAAGUACCGAGCCCCCUACCUUGCUGUGGAUUGUCUCAGUCGAGCCCUUCCGGGCCCGCCCCAAGAUGUUCUGAUCCUGGAUGUGGCCUGUGGCACUGGCCUGGUGGCCGUGGAGCUGCAGGCUCGGGGCUUCCUCCAGGUACAAGGGGUGGAUGGAAGCCCAGAAAUGCUGAAGCAGGCCCAGGCUCGUGGCCUGUACCACCACCUCAGCCUCUGCACCCUGGGCCAGGAGCCGCUGCCCAACUCUGAAGGGACCUUUGACGCGGUGAUCAUGGUGGGUGCCCUCAGCGAGGGACAGGUGCCCUGCAGUGCCAUUCCUGAGCUCUUAAGAGUCACCAAGCCGGGUGGACUCGUAUGUCUGACUACCAGGAGCAACCCGUCCAACCUUCCCUACAAGGAGGCGCUAGAAGCAGUCUUAGACUCCCUGGAGCAGGCUGGUGCGUGGGAACGCCUGGUGUCCCAACCUGUGGAGCACUGGGAACUGGCCACCUCCGAACAGGAGACAGGGCUGGGCACCUGUGCCGAUGAUGGCUUCAUCUCCGGUAUCAUCUACCUUUACCGAAAGCAGGGGAGAACCCAGGGUAAGGGCGGGAAGCCCAGCGUCGUGGCCCCAGUUGACCACUGAUCCUCUGUGUGGGGCCUUAACCUGGCCUGUCUUCUUGCCCUUCUGUCUGUAAAAAUGGUUCCAUCUUGUUGGGAGAUCCUGCUGAUCAAAGGUUGCAGUCUGCCAAUGGCACGGCAGCUUUCUCCAAGCUUGGCCACGUGAAGGACUCCCUACCAGCGGGCGCUUCUAACCUUCUCUAGAGGAUGCUUGCCUUACUUCAAGGAUGAGCCUUGAUAUAGUUGCCUACAACUGACGCUCUUCCCCUGAUGCCCACGUGAUAAUUAGGUUAAUUCUCUAGUCAUUUUGGUAGUAUUCCACUAAUCCAGUUUUGUGAUAUGAGCGUGCCAUUUAAUGCAAAUUAGGGUUUGUCUCCAGGUUUCUCAACCUUAUAUAUCUUAUAUACUCUGGAAUAAAGUUGAAAUCAUCUCCCGUAAA